AUCUUCCGUGCCCAGAAAUCAUUUUGGAGAUUGCUGAAGAAACCGCAGAUCAACAAUUCGGAUGAGACUCACGACGUGCGUGGCAGCGAUGGCGCUGGCUAUCGAGGGCUCCCACGCGUGGACGAUCGAUGUGUCGGAAGUGGCGCCGCCCGUGGAUAUCGUGGGAGAACAUCAGCCGUUGCAGCGCUCUUGGACCGUCUCCAGUUUGGCACAGCUGGAGCAACUGUACUUGGCCGUACCUGGCCGCGUCUUCGUGGAGCUGGAUCAGUCCCUGCUUCCGGUGACGGAGUCCCCGGCGACGGAGACUCCAGCGACAGAAUCAACGGAAGCACCCGUUACUGAAACCCCGGGGGUUGUCCCGGGCGUCACCCCUGGUGUUGUUCCUGGUGUGGUCCCAGGUGUCGUGCCCGGAGUUGUUCCCGGUGCGGUACCCGCGGGCUCGACUGCCGGCUCAGGCUCUGACUGGAACGACAGCAGCCUGGUGGGCGAGACGAUCGAGAUCCCGACCAUGAUGCUGCGCAAACACCGCCACCGUCAUGAGGACGAUGACAAGGAGGAGGGCGAGGAGAUUGUCGUGGCCAAGAUCGUGGUCACAGGCAACUCGACGGACCUGUUGAACAUGAUUGAAGCUACGCCCCUACACCCGCGUCGCAACGAUGGACUCAAACUUCACUUGAAGAACGAGGACGCUUACGGCGAGGGAUACGUGCUGACCCAAAUUUAUCUUUUUAAAAAGAAUCUGCUGCGCCGUGUAACUACGACCUUGUCGGGCGACGUCGUGCUGAACGAUGAUGUGGUCACACUCGACGACGCUGAAGCGGACGUCAAGUUCGCGUGCGUGGGCGACGGCAACUUGUACCUAAAGUCUGACUCAAACGCCACGCUGGGCUCGUUGGAGGUGGAAGUGACGGGCAGCGGGCUGGCACAAUUUCAGAUUCCCUCUGUGAACCUCGAGGGCAACUUGAACGUGGAAGUCGCCGGCAGUGGCGCAGUGGCACUCGUCACUGACUCUCUCGCAGUUGGCGCCGUGAAAACCACACUUUCUGGCUCGGGUGAUAUUGUCGUGGACACGAGUGACCUGUCCGCGCAGAAACUCGAGGCUUCAGUGUACGGGUCGGGUGUUGCCAGCUUCGCCACGGCGGGUUCUGUGGAUAAGGAGACGCUAACAUUGUCGGGCCCUGGCCAGCUGCUUGCCGGCUCGAUUGUAGCGCGCAAGUCUAAUGUGGACGUGUGGGGCGACGGCGAGCUACUUGUUCAGGUGACUGACAAGCUGACGGUGUCCACUUCGGUGUGGGGCAAGGUAGGCUACGUGAACGAACCACCCACAGACGUCAAGAUCAAGGGCUGGUGGUUCUGGCGAGAGGCUAGCUCCAUCGUAUACCCCGCUGUGGUGAACAAGGUUGUGAUAUACGAGCCAGUGACCGUGCCAGCCAAGUACCCGAUCUACUACUCCAUCGAGUCAGCCGAGUCGGCGCUGUCGGACGACCCGGACUACGCGUUCGUUGCGACUGAGCCGGCCAGCGUGGCAAACCUAAUGACCACCUCGCUGUCGAGCGUACAGCAGGCGGCCUCAGCGUCGACCGAGUCGCACGGGCUAUUCUAUGCGUUCGUUGGUGCGAGCGUCUUAGUUGUGAAUGUGGUGGCUGCACGUUCGUGGGCGCAGCGCCAUGCGCGUCGCCACUACACGCGCCUCCUUUAGUCUUGAGAGAAGGAUGCGAUAGUUUUGAUAAGCUACAUGUAGACCUUGGGCAGCGAUGGAGUUGCCCUUGAUAACUAAAAAUGUCGCUUGAUGAGGAUCUAACCUUUGAUGUCUACCACA